UACAUAUCACUUACCCACAGAGGAUACCAGCUAAUCUAACUGAAGAUGACCUAGCAGAAGAUACGAGCACAGUAUCCUAUAAUAUACCUAUAGAACAGAAGAUAUACACAGUGCAUCUGAAGCGACAAAGUUUUUUGCCUGAUGACUUCAUGAUUUAUACAUAUAAGAAAGGGGGGUUUGUGUAUCCUGUUUCCCCACGUAUUCAGAGUGAUUGCUUCUAUCAAGGAUAUAUCCAAGGGUUCCCCCGCUCUCUUGCAAUGUUCAGCAUCUGUUCUGGCCUCAGAGGGCUACUGCAGUUUGAGAACUUCAGCUAUGGAAUUGAACAUUUGGAGUCCUCCACUAAGUUUGAACACCUUGUUUUUCAAAUAAAUAACAAAGAUCUCAAGGGUUCAGUGUUGUUAGACGAUUUCAUACCUAUAACAGGAGAAGAGGAAAACAGAGAGAUCUCUCAUAAGCUGCUUUCAGAUGCUGGACCGCGAGAAAUGACUGAGAUUCAUAGAUAUGUGGAAAUGUAUGUCGUUGUGGAUAAGGGUUUGUAUAACUAUUUGGGUGGAAAUGAAGAUAUUGUAACCCAGAAAGUAGUCCGGCUCAUUGGCUUUCUCAACAGUAUGUUUACCAGCCUUAAUAUAACAAUUGUACUGUCUUCUUUGGAGUUCUGGACAGAUCAUAAUAAAAUCUCUACUACAGGAGAAGUGGAUGUAUUAUUGCAAAGGUUUUUAAAGUGGAAAACUUCAUACCUUGUUCUACGGCCACAUGAUACAGCGUAUUUAUUUGCUUACAGGGAGAGACCUAACUAUGUAGGAUCAACAUUCUCAGGAAAGCUGUGCCUGCGGAACUAUGAUGCAGGAGUUGUUCUGUACCAAAAGUUUGUAAACUUGGAGAUAUUUUCAGUUAUUGUUGCACAACUGCUAGGCCUGAGCCUGGGGAUGAACUAUGAUGACAGCAAGAACUGCCAUUGUCCAGGACCCAUCUGUAUCAUGAACACUGAAGCAAUACAUUCAGAUGGAAUUAAAGCCUUUAGUAGCUGCAGCAUUGAAGACUUCCAGAAUUUCAUUAAACUCAAGGGUGGCCAUUGCCUUUCUAAUAGGCCACAUUUACAAGAGCACUCUACUAAGAAAAGUGGAAAGAGCAGUUUAGUUUGUGGGAACCGUGUCAUAGAAGCUGGAGAAAACUGUGAUUGUGGUUCACCAGAGUAUAUGCCCAGCAACACAGUAUGUAGAAAGGCAGUUGAUCGUGCUUGUGAUUUCCCUGAAUACUGCAAUGGGAGUUCUGCAUCCUGCCCGUCUGAUAUUUAUGUCCAGAACGGACACACAUGUGGUGGCAACACUGGUUUCUGUUACGCAGGAGGUUGCCAGUCAGCUGAUCUACGCUGUCAGGAGCUCUUUGGUCCACGUGCAAGAAGCGCUCCACUUGCAUGUUACGAAGAAAUUAAUCGUCAAGCAGAUAGAUUUGGACACUGUGGGACUGAUCCAUCAGAGGGUUAUAAGACUUGUUCAGAUCAGGAUUUCAGAUGUGGAAAGUUAAUUUGCCUGUAUCCAAGCAAUGUUCCUUUUGCUAAACUGAAAGUUCCUGUCCUGUAUACUCCAGUGAGAAAUAUUAUUUGUGCAUCUCUGGACAUGAAGCAGUCAGAAACUUCGCUAGACCCUCUGCUGUUAAAAGAUGGUACAAAAUGCGGACCUUCUAAAGUUUGUAUCAAUCAAGUGUGUGAAAACUAUGAAAUCCUGAAAUAUGAUUGUAAUCCUAAAGAAAAAUGCUCUGGACAUGGAAUUUGCAACAGCAAAAAAAAUUGCCAUUGUGAUCCAGGAUGGGCUCCCCCAGAUUGCAAAAAGAAAGGAAGCCGCUUUGGAGGAAGCAUUGACAGUGGGAUUCGCAUUUUGGAACACGCAAUGAAAGAUGGAUUUGCAUACUCGCUUUUCUCCUUUAGCUAA